AUGGCGAAGAAAGGAGAAAAGCAACCCCAGGCACCGAAACGAAAACGAAAUCCCCGCACAAAAGAAAAACCAGAUGCUACUUUUAUAUCUUCCACUACUAUGGAAAUUGAUCACUACAAAAUACUUGGAGUGAAUCGCAACGCGAGCCCGGAUGAGGUGAAGAAAGCAUACAGGAAACUGGUCAUGUUUUGGCACCCUGACAAACACUUGCAGGAAGAAGCUCGAGCUAAGGCCGAGGCCAAGUUCAAGGAAAUCAACCAAGCUUACCAGAUUCUCAACGACCCUGUGAAACGACACAACUACGAUAGUCAGCAUGCAAAUAUAGCCAACUCCAAUAGGACGGCAUCGUCAUUUUCGUUUCCUCCUAGUAAGGAUGAAAAUACUUUUGCUACCGUGUUUGGAUUUGGUAGUCGGAGGACAGAUUCAAUGGUGUAUAGUCCAUUGGAGUGUAGCUUGGAGGAGCUUUAUCAGGGUACUACGAAGAAGAUGAAGGUGACGAGAGCAGUGACGAAUGCUUUGGGGGAGGAGACUAUGGUGGAGCAGCCUUUGGCAGUCAACAUAAAACCUGGUUUCCGGCACGGCACCAAGAUAACUUACAAGGUGGAAGCUAAUACAGCAGAUGUAGGUUUCGUCAUCAAAGAGAAACAACAUUCCGUGUACGAGAGGCAUGGGAAUGAUCUCAUAGUCCACCAGGAGAUAACACUGCUGGAGGCGCUCACCGGCGGUAGGACUCUUGAUCUGACCACCCUGGAUGGAAGGAAGCUCAUGGUCCCGUUACCCGAUGAUGUGAUCAGAGCUCCUGGGGAUGAAAUGGUUGUACCAGGUGAAGGAAUGCCAAUCUCAAGCCAACCUGGGGUAAAAGGAAACUUGAGGAUCAAGUUCAAUGUCAAGUUUCCUUCGAGCAGCCUCACUGCAGAACAGAAAUUGGAUUUGAAAAGAGGCUUGGGAGGAGUUCCGUUUUGACCACGUGCAUGCUAGCUAGCUAGCUAGGGUUAGCAAGCAUAUGCAAUAUUUGGUUACUUCUUUUUUAUUUGCAUUU